AUGGAAGAAGACAUGGGUAAGGGCUUACAGAUGAAAGAUCAAGAUGAGAUAAUAGGAAAGAACGGUAUUUUUACAAAACUGCGACGUAGGACGACAAAUGAUGGUGCACAUGCUUCAUCGGAGGACGAACAAUUUGAAGACGCACCGCAAAGUCCUAAGUUAUCGGCGGUUUCUACGGUGCCUAGAAGCAAAGAAGAGCUUGAAAAUUUUGACAAACUGAAUAAUACUUUUAGCGAGAGGAUUAAUCAACUUAACGUCAACGAGUCAACGAAAGGACCAAGUGAUGAUAAAGCUUUGGAGCUGGAAAACGACAAUCUGAAUGAAAAUAAGAAACACGUGGUGACAUCUCAGGGAAGCCGAGACGACUCUGAGUGCGCAUAA